AUGGAAAAACCGUAAGAAAAUGAAAAAGAUUCAUUUUAAAUAUUAAUAGAAGAAAAAAUUCAAAAAAUAAAUGGAGAAAGUUUUACCAAAAAAUAUUUUCGUGGAAAAAUGUUAGGAAAAGGCGGUUUUGCUAAAUGUUAUGAAAUAAAAAAUACUGAGACAAAAAGAACUAUAGCCGCUAAAAUAAUCCCUAAAUAAACAUUAACCAAAAAUAGAGCAAGAUAGAAAUUAUUAUCUGAAAUUAAAAUACAUAAAGCUUUAUUUAAUACACAUAUAGUAUAAUUUGAACAUGUAUUCGAAGAUAAUGAAAACGUGUACAUAUUAUUGGAAUUAUGUACAAAUAACACACUAAAUGAAUUAAUUAAAAGAAGAAAAAGAAUUACAGAAAUCGAAGUUUAGUGUUAUUUAUUAUAAAUAAUACAUGCUUUAAGAUAUUUACAUUAAAAUAAAGUUAUACAUAGAGAUCUAAAACUAGGAAAUCUAUUUUUGAGUGAAAAAAUGGAUAUUAAAGUCGGAGAUUUUGGUUUAGCAGCUAAAUUGGAAUUCGAUAAUGAAAAAAAAUAUACUAUUUGUGGCACUCCAAAUUACAUAGCCCCGGAAAUUCUCGAUGGAAAAUAAGGUCAUUCUUAUCAGGUUGAUAUCUGGUCUUUAGGAGUUAUCAUAUAUACAUUAUUGAUAGGAAAACCGCCUUUUGAAACUCCUGAUGUGAAAACUACAUAUAAGAAAAUUAGAUAUAAUUCAUAUGGUUUUCCUGAAAAUGUUGCUGUUUCGGAUUCCGCGAAAUCAUUGAUAACAAAAAUACUUAAUUUAGACCCAUUAAAAAGACCUAGCUUAGAAGAAAUAGCAGGACAUAGCUUUUUAAAUGGAGGAAAUGCUAUUCCUCGUAGUCUUCCAUAGUCUACUUUAGCUUGUCCACCUUCAAGUGCGUAUUUAUCAUAGUUUUAAUAAAUGAAUAAAUAGAAUUAGGGGUUUAAUAGUAUAUUGUCUAUGAAAAAUAUAAAGAAUUUAAAAACUAAAAGUUAAUAAUUAAAAACUAUAAGUAAUAGUAAUUUAUUGGCUUAAAAUUAAAUAUUUAAUAGUAUGUAAUAACAAUAAUAAUAAUAACAAUAAUAAUAUCAGUAAUAAUAAUAAUAAUAAUAAUAAUAAUAAUAAUAAUAAUAAUAAUAAUAAUAUUUGUAAUAACAAUAAUUUUAAUAAACAUAAUAAAACUCUAAUUCUAAUUUUAAAAGGAUAAUAACUGAAUCUCAAAAUCUUUACAAAAAUAAUCUUUAGUAAAACCAAAAUAUUUGGGUAAUCUAAUGGAUUGACUAUUCUAGUAAAUAUGGACUUGGUUAUAUCCUUAAUAAUGGAAAUUGUGGGGUAUUUUUUAACGAUUCGACCAAAAUUUUAAUGCAAAGAGAAGGAAAUGUAUUCGAAUUUAUAGAAAAAGCCAAUGGAAAGGAUGAAUAAGGUGUACAUUACGAUAUAAACGAUUACCCAGUUGAUUUAAAAAAGAAAGUAACUCUUCUAAAUCAUUUUUCAAAUUAUUUACAUGAACAACUAACUAAUAAUGGAAAAAAUAUCGAAGCUUAGAAAAAUUAAUAGGCUAAUUAAAAUAAUAUAUAUGUUAAAAAAUGGAUGAAAACCAAACAUGCGAUCAUGUUUAGACUUUCAAAUAAAAUUGUUUAAGUGUGUUUUACGGAUAAAACUGAAAUCUUAAUUUAAAGUGACCAAAAAAUUGUAACUUAUGUCGAUAAAAAAGGAAUGAGAAGUAAUUUUGCAUUAAAUAAUGCAUUAGAAACUCAAAUGGGGAAAUGGUAAAAAGACUUAAAUAUACAAAAGAUAUUCUAACUAGAAUGUUAAAUACAGGAGUGA